GCUCUGAGCAGAGGAGUACCAUGAAGUGUGGAUAGGUUUCAUUCUGGAUGCAUGUUGCGAAUAGGCUGAUGGGAACAAGGUCAGAAGUCCAGAUAGGAGGUUUUUGCAUUUAACCAGGGGAGAGAUGAUGCAGACCUGAAUCUGGGUGAUAACAAGAGGUGGUGGUGAGAGCAGUCCGAUGCUGAAUAUAUUUUGAAGGUAGAACCUAAAGUGUCUGCUGACUGUCAGAUGUAGAGUGUGGAAAAUAAGAAGGGGCAAGGAUGACUUGCAGGGUUUUUAGCACCAAACCGCUAGAAGGACAGAAUUCCAACCCCUACAUGAGGAAGUUUGAAGGAGACACAGAAUUAGAGCGAUAUCAGUGGCUAGUUAGAUUUGAGAUGCUUGUUAACAUAUCCAUGUGGAGAUGUCACUAGGCAGUUGGAUAUACAAGUCUGCAGAUAUAAAUUUGGAAGUCAUCAUUACGUAGAACCUAUGUACUGUUGGUUUUUAAAGCUGUGAGGCUAGAUGAAAUCACCCAGGAAACAGGUGUAAACAGAAGAAAGGUAAAUGCUGAGACGGUACCCUGGGGCCGCCCAACCAAUUAGAAUUUGAGGAGAGGAGCACCCAGCAAAGGAAUCUUCGAAGAAGUAGCUAGAGAGGUAGGCCAACCUGGCAAGUGUGUCCUAGAAGCCAAGUGGAGAAGUGUUUCAAGAAGAAAGGGGUCUGCUGUCAGAUCAACACACAGAAUGAGGCCUGAGAAUUAACUGUUAGACUUAGCAACGUGAGGUCACUGGUGGUCUCUGUGGCAUGGCAAAACCUGGAGCAGUUCCAGGAAUGGCAGGAGAGGAAUUAGGGGCAGCAAUUAUGGGUAACUGGCAAGGGGUUUUGCUUGAAAUGGAGAGAAAUAAUGGAACUUAGCUGAUGUAGGGAAUUUUAACUUCUUAAUGAAAUGGUGGGCCCACAUAAGGGUCCUGGGCUGAGGCCGGGGUCAAAGUUGGGCGCAGGGAAGGCUCCUAAAGUGUCUGGAUAGAGACAAAAUCUUCUUUUCCACCCUCCUCCUCUGGCCUGAGGCAUUAGCCAGCUUAGCCAGCUGCCACCCACAGUGUCCUCCUGAAUUGGAAGUCAGUGAAGUUCCUUUUGCCCGUAUUGAGCUCUUCUGUAUGGUUAUUACAGUGCUGGAGACUUGCUUCUCAGUGCUUUGGAGUCUUUAACUGCCAGUGUCACUGCUCCCUCCAUGCGGGCCAGUUCUCUUAGCUCAUUUAUGAACGCCCUUUGAGGUCCAGCUUUGUUCUCUUAAACCAGCCAUGGCUUGCUUUUCCCUUACCAGCUCUGAAUUCUUCCAGGCCAGGCAACUGGGAGAGACUGGGCUUAGACACUGUUUUGUUGGCUUCCGGCCCAGCUGCGCUGACCAAAAUAGCCAGCAGAAGGACUGUUUGUGCAGAGUGAAAUUCCUCCAGGGGAAAUAACAUAGCGCAUGGCCAAGAAAGCCAUGGUAGGAACCCAUGAGGCAAAGAAAAAAAAAAAAGCCAAGUACCCCCAAGGUCUGGCUAUGGAGUUUGACCCAAGUUCUCUCCAGAGGGAAAAGAGCUUCCUAAAGCCUCUUGUGGUAUUUCUUUGGACCCCUUCUCUCAUUCCUUGUGUCUCAGGAGUAGUGUUCUCAAGUGAAGGACCAGUGGAAUGGCCCCCAGUCUGAUGGCCAGGACUUCAGGGUCCUGUUGGAGGCCUCUUCCCGUUACUGGUGCUCCUUGAGCCAAACCAUGGAAAGACCUCUAGGACAGAUAGCACUCCCUGCUCUGUGAAGGGGGCUGUGGGGCCUGUGCAUUGGCAUAUAGCAGGGGCACCUGACCCAGACUCGGGGGGCUGGAAGGGAAGAGGUCAGGAAAGGUUUUGCCUGAGUGAGUUAUAAACCAAGCUCUGAGGACCGCCGUUGGCCAGAUAAAUGACAGAGAGCGCGUACACGCGUGCGCGCAAACUUGGGCUCCAAGUGAGAGAGGGCAGGGCAUAGUUCCAGAAAUGGAAAACACUGACGUGCCUGUGGGGAGAGUUGGAAGAGCAAGAGAUAAAGGAGAGGUGGAGGGGGGAAGGGCAGAUUGUUUUGGCUUUUACAAGCUUAUCAUAAGAUCAUCUGGAAGCUAUUGAAGGGUAUAAUCCGGAGUGGCUGGAUGGGAUUUGCAUGUUAAAGAUUCUUCUGACACUGAUAGUGGAGGCUGGAUUAGAGCGGGCAAGUCCAGAGGCUGGGGAGCCAUUUUGAAGGCUUUGGGCAGUAUUCCAGGCUGAGUGGAAGGUGGUUAAUGCCAGGGUCAUGGCGAAGGGGAUGGAGAGCAGUGAGUGGAUUGGAAAGAGGUUUAUAUUUAGGAGGUAGAAUCAUGAGGACUUGAUGAGUCAUUGGCGAUGAGGUUGACGUUCAGGUUUCCUUGUGAUUAGAAAUACCAGGGAGAGGCUGGUUGAACCAAAGACUCCUCCGGCCUGCGGGCGCUGAAGGACCCCUGGGUUGUGUGCUGGGGCGUGGUGUAGCAGUGCAUUGAAAACUGGCCUGGCCCACCCUGGGCACCCUCCUGUGAAUAUCGACAGAGACAUUAAGCCCAUGAUUAUUUAAAGGGGGGCGAGGGUUACCAGAGGGGUUAACCUCCUCUCAGGGGUCUGAGUAAAUGACACGCUGGAUCCGGAGUGGGCUCUCAAUAAAUUGCGCUGGGGAAAAAACAGGCUGAGACCUGAAGGGUGAGUAGGUGUUAGCUAGUAAAGAGAGAAGAGCUCUGAGCAAGGAAAGGGCAGCGGCAGAAAUGAAAACUGCAAGGAUCUGGAAGAGGGCCUGUGGAGGCUGGGGAUGAGAAAGCUGGGGAGAGAACGGGCAAAGGUGGCAGCUCAGUGUGGGCAGUCCUGUGGCCCAUCCAAGCGAAGGCCUGCAAAGGGCUCAGGAGACCGGCGCCACACACACCCCCUGGAGUCGUCAGUCUGCGGACGGUACCUGAAGCCUUAUCCACAGACCAGCAUGGCCGCUACUGCCGCUGUCAGUCCCAGCGACUACCUGCAGCCCGCCGCCUCCACCACCCAGGAUUCCCAGCCAUCUCCUCUAGCCCUGCUUGCUGCAACAUGUAGCAAAAUUGGCCCUCCCGCCGUGGAAGCUGCGGUGACCCCUCCUGCUCCCCCCCAGCCCACACCACGGAAACUCGUCCCCAUCAAACCUGCCCCUCUCCCUCUCAGUCCUGGCAAGAAUAGCUUUGGAAUCUUGUCCUCCAAAGGAAACAUCCUUCAGAUUCAGGGGUCGCAACUGAGUGCAUCCUAUCCUGGGGGGCAGCUGGUGUUCGCUAUCCAGAACCCCACUGUGAUCAACAAAGGGACCCGAUCAAAUGCCAAUAUCCAGUACCAGGCGGUCCCUCAGAUACAGGCGAGCAACUCCCAGACUAUCCAGGUACAGCCCAGUCUCACCAACCAGAUCCAGAUCAUCCCCGGCACCAGCCAAGCCAUCAUCAGCCCCUCACCAUCCAGUCACAAGCCUGUCCCCAUCAAGCCAGCCCCCGUCCAGAAGUCGAGUACGACCACCACCCCUGUGCAGAGUGGGGCCAAUGUGGUGAAGCUGACAGGUGGGGGCGGCAACGUGACGCUCACUCUGCCCGUCAACAACCUUGUGAACACCAGCGACUCCGGGGCCACCACUCAGCUCCUCACGGAGAGCCCCCCCACCCCACUGUCUAAGACUAACAAGAAAGCCAGGAAGAAGAGUCUCCCUGCCUCCCAGCCCCCUGUGGCUGUGGCCGAGCAGGUGGAGACGGUGCUGAUUGAGACCACUGCGGACAACAUCAUCCAGGCAGGAAACAACCUGCUCAUUGUUCAGAGCCCCGGUGGGGGCCAGCCCGCCGUGGUUCAGCAGGUCCAGGUGGUGCCCCCCAAGGCCGAGCAGCAGCAGGUGGUGCAGAUCCCCCAGCAGGCCCUGCGGGUGGUGCAGGCGGCAUCUGCCACCCUCCCCACCGUCCCCCAGAAGCCCUCCCAGAACUUUCAGAUCCAGGCGGCUGAGCCGACGCCUACUCAGGUCUACAUCCGUACGCCUUCUGGUGAGGUGCAGACGGUCCUUGUCCAGGACGGCCCCCCAGCAACAGCUGCAGCCCCCUCUGCCACCACGUGUAGCAGCCCUGCGUCCCGUGCUCCCCAUCUGAGUGGGACCAGCAGAAAGCACUCGGCCGCCAUCCUCCGGAAAGAGCGCCCCCUGCCAAAGAUCGCCCCCGCCGGGAGCAUCAUCAGCCUGAACGCAGCGCAACUGGCAGCCGCGGCCCAGGCCAUGCAGACCAUCAGCAUCAACGGUGUCCAGGUCCAGGGCGUGCCUGUCACCAUCACCAGCACCGGCGGGCAGCAGCAGCUGACGGUGCAGAACGUCUCCGGGAACAACCUGACCAUCAGUGGGCUAAGCCCCACCCAGAUCCAGCUGCAGAUGGAGCAGGCCCUGGCUGGAGAGGCCCAGCCUGGGGAGAAGCGGCGCCGCAUGGCCUGCACGUGUCCCAACUGCAAGGAUGGGGACAAGAGGUCCGGAGAGCAGGGCAAGAAGAAGCACGUGUGCCAUAUCCCCGACUGUGGCAAGACUUUCCGGAAGACGUCCUUGCUGCGGGCCCACGUGCGCCUGCACACCGGCGAGCGGCCCUUUGUCUGCAACUGGUUCUUCUGUGGAAAGAGGUUCACCCGGAGCGAUGAGCUGCAGCGGCACGCCCGCACGCACACAGGGGACAAACGCUUCGAGUGUGCCCAGUGUCAGAAGCGCUUCAUGAGGAGUGACCAUCUCACCAAGCAUUACAAGACCCACCUGGUCACAAAGAACUUGUAAGGCCAACUGAGGCAGGAGGCCCCGAAGACACAGUCCCUCAUCUGCGUCCUGCCUGGGCCCCUGGUGGAAAGGAGGUCCCCGGGCUGCCGUCGGCCCCUCCCUUCUGUUCUGCGACUGUCCCCCCAGGAAGGGGCUCCGCUGCCCCUACUCGCCUCCCUCUCAAGCCCCUCGGCUCCGCCCCGGCCCUCCCCUCUCACCUCGAGCUCCCGGCCUGCCCAGACCGUGGACGUUGGCCGUGCCCAAUGAGACGUUCUAAACCAGGACGAGUGGGAACCCUUAUUUCCAAAGGAAAAACAUGAAUUUCACUCCGUCGAGGAGCAAAGUGAGCCCCCCCAGUCCUCUCCCCCAACACUGCCGGAGUCGCAUUGUGCCAUCUCUCUCUCUCUCUCCCCCCCCGCCCCUCCCCAGCCCACCAGCCACCUCGGAUGCCCUGGGACCCUGCACCCAGGGCACCACUGGCACCCCCUUCCCCCCGGAGAGGCUCACGGGGCUGCCUCCACUCCACAUGCCCAGCCCUGCCACAGCUCUCCUCCAGCACAUUCCAACUUUCUAUUUAAAAAGUCAAGCUACCCACCGAUGCCCUCUUUUUCUAUGGAGAACGUUGCCUUAUACUCUACUUCAGAUGAUGAACACUGUGUAUUGUGUGUGCUUUAAAGUUUUAUUUAAUUGCUCCCUUCUUCCUGUCCUCGUUACUCACCUCCCCCACGCCUGCUUCAGUUUAGGGUUUGGGGGGCAAUGAAGAGCAUACGGAUUUUUUUUUCCCUCAUUCUAGCAAUUCUCUUUUCUAAAUGACACAGCAUUUCAACUCGAAUCUGGAUCCAGAUAAAAACACCUUCACCUCCUGACCCCUUCCCUCUCCCCCUCAUCCCACCCCAGCUGUGGCCCCAGCCCUACUCGUGUACAGUGUAUAUUGUAUAAUGGACAAUUGUGUCUACUACAUGUUUAAAAACAUAUUGCUUGUUAUUUUUGAGGCUUUUAAAUUAAACAAAAAU